CUCGCUGGCUCGCUCCCUCCCCCCGGGCCCGCUCGGCGCUGACUCCGCCGCACGCUGCAGCCGCGGCUGAAGAUGGCGGGGAACGACUGCGGCUCUCUGCUGGAUGAGGAGCUCUCCUCUUUCUUCCUCAACUAUCUCGCUGACACGCAGGGUGGGGAAUCCGGACAGGAGCAUCUCUGUGCCGACUUUCCCGAGCUCGACCUCUCCCAGCUGGACACUGGCGACUUUGACUCAGCGACCUGCUUUGGGGAGCUGCAGUGGUGCCCGGAGAACUCUGAGGUGGAGCCCAGCCAGUACAGCCCCGAUGACUGCGAACUCUUCCAGAUUGACAGUGAGAAUGAGGCCCUCCUGGCAGCACUCACCAAGACCCUGGACGACAUCCCUGAGGAUGACGUGGGACUGGCUGCCUUCUCAGCCCUGGAUGAAGGAGAUACGCCAUCGUGCACCUCAGCUUCCCCUGCCCCCUUGUCUGCGCCCCCCAGCCCUGCCCCAGAGAAGCCCGUGUCCUCAGCCUCUGAAGUGGAUGAGCUUUCACUGCUGCAGAAGCUCCUUCUGGCCACAUCCUCACCACUGUCAUGCUCUGACCCUCAGAAGGAGGGGACCACUUGGCGCCAGGCUGGCCUCAGAUCCAGAAGUCAACGGUCGUGGGUCAAGACGGACAGCACCCAGGACAAGAAGGCUCCCGUGCCACAGCCUCAGAGCCGGCGAUGUACAGAGCUACAUAAGCACCUCACUUCGGUGCCAUCCUGCCCCGGGGCAAGAGCCUGCUCUCCAGACAGAGGCCUGCAGCUGCCACUGAGUCCCCAGCUUCAUGCCAAGGAGGAAGAGUUGCCCGGGGACGACUGUGCGAGCCCCCAGCCAGCCCCAGCCUCUCACCGGGACCCCGUGACACCGGGCAGGGCAAGCCCCCGUGCCCAGGUUCCUCCGGAGGACACACAGGCCAUGGUGCAGCUUAUUCGUUACAUGCACACCUACUGCCUCCCCCAGAGGAAGCUUCCCUCGCAGGCCCCCGAGCCAGCCCCCCAGCCCUGCAGCAGCCCCUCCAGACUGCUCAGACCCCGGCCUCGGCACCCCUCUAAACCCUCCUGGGCUGAGUUCUCCAUCCUGAGAGAACUUCUGGCUCAAGAUGUCCUUUGUGAUGUCAGCAAACCCUACCGCCUGGCCACGCCUGUCUAUGCCUCCCUUACCCCCAAGGCCAGAGCCAGGCUUCCCAGAGACAACCAGGCCUCCCCUGCCCACCCAUCCCCAGCAGAGGAGGUGAGGGUCUCAGCUUCACCCAGGAGCUUGGGGCCCAGACCAAGCUUGCGUCCAUUGAGGCUGCAGGUGAGAGAGGACAUCAGCCGGCCUGCCAACCUGCAGCAGCAGGAGGAAGAGGACGAGGAGGAGGAGCAGGAGGAGGAUGAAGAAGAGGAAGAAGAAAAAGAGGAGGAGGAGGAAGAGGAGUGGGGCAGGAAAAGACCAGGCCAAGAUCUGCCAUGGACCAAGCUGGGGAGAAAGCUGGAGAGCUCUGUGUGCCCUGUGCGGCGCUCUCGGAGACUGAACCCCAACCUGGGCCCCUGGUUCAUGUGCCCUGACGAGUUGCUGGUCCCCUCAGCUCACCAAGGUGCUCUGCCCUCACUGCAUCCAGCUCCUGAGGCCUGCAACACCGAGAGACAGCUUGGCAGCCCCACAGAUGAGGGCAGUGCCCAAGACCAGCAGCUCCUACGGGAACCCCAGAUCCCUGCCCUGGAGAGUCCCUGUGAGAGUGGGUGUGGGGACACGGAUGAGGACCCCAGCUGCCCACAGCUCCCUUCCAGAGACUCCUCAAGGUGCCUCAUGCUGGCCUUGUCGCAAAGUGACCCUCCUUUUGGCAAGAAGAGCUUUGAGCAGACCCUGAGCGUGGAGCUCUGUGGCACAGCAGGACUCACUCCCCCCACCACGCCACCCUACAAGCCCACAGAGGAAGAUCCCUUCAAGCCGGACAUCAAGCACAGCCCAGGUCAAGAGACAGCGCCGAGCCUCCCCUCCCCCGAGGCCCUCCCGCUCGAGGCUGCCCCAGGAGCUGCCCAUAAGCGGCCCAAGAAGCCCUCAGAGCGAAGUGAGCUCCUGUCCCACCUGCGGCAUGUCACAACCCAGCCAGCCUCCCAGGCUGGCCAGAAGCGUCCCUUCUCCUGUUCCUUUGGAGACCAUGACUACUGCCAGGUGCUCAGGCCAGAGGACGCCCUACAGAGGAAGGUGCUGAGGUCCUGGGAGCCGUCAGGGGCCCACUUGGAGAACUGGCCCCAGCAAGGUGCCCCUUCUCAGGCUGAGACGCAGGCCUGGAGGAAGGAGGAGGACCAUAGCUGUGACGCCUGCGUGCCCCCCAAGGACGGCAUGCAACUGAGAGACCACGAGAUCCGCGCCAGCCUCACCAAGCACUUCGGGCUGCUGGAGACGGCCCUGGAGGACGAAGACCUAGCCUCAUGUAAGAGCCCUGAAUAUGAUGCCUUUGAGGACAGCAGCAGCAGCAGUGGGGAGAGCAGCUUCCUCCUGGAGGAAGAGGAGGAGAGGGAGGAGGACGAUGAUGGAGAGGACUCAGGGGUCAGCCCCCCUUGCUCUGACCACUGCCCCUACCAGAGCCCACCCAGCAAGGCCAGUCGGCAGUUCUGUUCCCACAGCCACUCAAGCUGUGGCUCCUCAUCCUGCCACUCCUGCUCACCAGCUACCCGGAGGAAUUUCAGGUGUGAGAGCAGAGGGCCGGGUGCGGAUGGAGCCCCAAGUGUCCGGCACGCCAGGAAGCGGCAGGAAAAGGCCAUUGGAGAAGGCCGUGUUGUGUAUGUUCGAAACCUCUCCAGUGACAUGAGCUCCCGAGAGCUAAAGAAGCGCUUCGAGGUGUUUGGCGAGAUCGUAGAGUGCCAGGUGCUGACCAGAAGUAAGAGAGGCGAGAAGCAUGGUUUCAUCACCUACCGGUGUUCUGAGCACGCAGCCCUGUCCCUGCAGAAUGGCGCAGCCCUGAGGAAGCGCAACGAGCCCUCCUUCCAGCUGCGCUCGGGCGGGUUCCGGCACUUCCGCUGGACCCGACAUACUGACUAUGACGGCAACCCAGAGGAGGCCCUUUCUGCGUCCGGGAAAAGCAAGUAUGAAGCCAUGGAUUUUGACAGCUUGCUGAAAGAGGCCCUGCAGAGCCUACACUGACAACAGCCUUAACCUCCGAGGAAUACCUCAAUACCUCAGACAAGGCCCUUCCAAUAUGUUUACGUUUUCAAAGAAAGAAGUGUAUGGGAAUGCGAGAGCGAGCCAGCGUGCGUGAGAGAGAACACACGUGAGAGAGACUUGAAAUGACUGUCCUUUUCAAAAACAAAUCGAUGUUUACAUUGCACAAAGCUGCUUCUGUCUGUGAGUUUCCAUGAUGUUGAUGUUCCACUGCCACAUUAGUGUCCUUGCUUCCAAAGGGUUGCCUGGGUGCGCCUCAGAAUGCUGGGUCAGUCACCCUCUGCCCUCCUGCCCGACUGACUUCCUCUCGUAGACUUGCAGCCUGUUCACCAUAACAUCUCCUGUCUGUAGUGUGUGAUGAUGAAAUUGUCACUUGUGAAUAGAAUCAGGAUUAUAAACUCAUUUUUAAUUGAAGAAAAAAGUAUAUCCUUAAAAUAAUGUAUCUAUGGCUCAGAUGUACUGUGCCUAGGAUUAUUGUAUUGCUUCCUUGAUUUUUAACUAUGCACAGUUGUGAGGUGUUUGCCAUUGAGCUGCGCUGCUCCCCUGUCAGAUUGCCCUGGAGGAGCUGGGGGAGCCAGGCGGCUGGUCCCCAGGCAAGCGGUCCCUACAGCCACAACAAGGAGGAGCAGUGGAGAAAUAGUUCUGGGUCUCUUCCGCCAAGUCCUGCCAUGACUUGUUUUGAGCAAGUUGGAGUCAAGUUAGUGCAAGCCCCCAUCUCGUGCCCAGCUCACACUGAAGAGUGUGCCCAGCUAGAGCCUGUGUGAAGCUAGGGAAAGGGAUGUGACUCCCAUUUUCCAGUGGAAGCAGUGGUGCCCUGGUGGGCAAAGUGACUUGCCCAAAGCCCCAUGGCCAGUGAGAAGGCAGAGCAGUACCUCAGCCCAGGCCUCUGAUUCUAGUUCCCAAUGGAUGGACGCCCUGGCUCGGGGAUUGGUAGAGGUGAGGGCUGCAUUGGGCAGCAGAAGCCAAAGGGCUCAUCUGGGGGCUAAGUCAGCUGCUGACUUCUGAGCGUGAGGUGGGGCCCAGCCCCAGCUUGUGCCCGAGUGUGCCAUUGGCUUGGAUCCUAAGUGAACACACAGUUGGGGCUUGGAGAUGCCACUGCAGUGGGACACAUGUCUAACAGCAGCUGUCCUUUGGGGACCAGCUGCCAGCCCAUCCUCCUAUCUUCACCUUGGCCCCACCUGUGAGGUUGUUUUGAUGGCUAGGGCAGGGGGUACAAGAGGAAGAUGCACAGGUGGGGACAAAUAAAGCAACAUCUGAGCUCCCUUCAAACUUGGGCGACAUUUGGAUUGGGCUUUACUUCCAACCUUGUGUUCUUGCCUGAUGACAAAGCUGUGUCCAGCUUGAUGUCCUGGGAAUACCUUGGAGCCACCUGGGAGAGCGCAUGGCCAGGCAGGGUGUGACCGUAUCUCUCCUGCUUCCCACAGAGUGUCCCACCCUUGGUCUUUUUCAUAUGUCAGAGUUCCCUGAGACACUUCUGUACUUUAAGAACUAAAAGGCCCUACCACUUCCACAAGCUUGAAUGCGACUCGCUAAAUAAGAUAAGUUCUCUGUUGCUGCGUGCAGGCCUCAUCCCUUGGGAAUUGGUAAACGGAGGCCCUUGAGGAUUGCUGUUGCCCUGGAUGAUGAGGGUGCUCCCCGCCAGGAGAAGGCUAAGGAAGACAGGCUCUAGGGAAUUUGAGCUAUUGUGUAUCGUCAGUUUUCUGUGAGAUGGAGUGAGGGGAGAAUUAGGCAGGGUUCGAGAGUCUGGGCUUCUAUUAAGGACAGCAAACAUGCAGCACCUGGGCCACGACGUCUGCAUUGCUGGCCGAUGCAGACACAAGUAACCUGCCACGUAGCUCCUAUUCCUUGAGCCUGAUUCCUCAGUGCAGUGUUUUCGGCAGUGAUCAGAGUUUAUCUAAUAUCCUGCUCUGAUCUUUAAAAGCCUCCCAUCAGUCAUACAGAACUGAAUGCUGGCUGGGUUUCAUGCUAGCUCCUUGUCUGCCUGUCAUGCCCUGGUCAAAGAAAAAAAAAUAUCCCUAAAGCCAUUCCCUGGCACACGACUGCCUGUGCUACUGUGACAUACAUCUUUGUUGAGGAGGGUGAGAUGGGGGUGAGGGGUAGUAGACAGGAACAUAUUUAGGGAAGCCAGGGUUUGUAAGGGUGGGCCAAAAGGGGCUUUUCCACAGCACAGACUGUCAUUUGAGAUCCUUUUGUAGCUGCUCACUGCCCAGCACGUGGUAGGCACAUCAUAAGUGGAAGGAGCAGUAGUAAAAUCCUGCUGGUGCCUCCUCUGGGACCUGAUUUUCAUCGAGGAAUAGAUUUCAUCCCAUCGAAAGGACAGACACCGGAUGCAGGGUGGAGAGCUGGCAAGUCCUGACUUUGCCAAGAGCUUCCUGCCGAGCUUUGCUCAGGCUCUUCCCUCUGGGCCUCGGGUGCUGGAAGGAGUUGUCAGGUGAUAUCUUCCAGUUGCUUCCUCCUCAGUUCCACUGCCUUGGGCUGGUGGUUCCUGCAGAUAAAGAGAGGCUGGCUUUCAGGGAAGGGGGAGCUUUGCCCUCCCCACCUUCAGGGUCAGCUGACACUGCCCUUGCACACAGUUCCGACCCGGGCACUGGAUGUCGCUUAGACAUUUGCCCUUGAGCACAGCAGCGGCAGCCACCUGGGCAUGCUGUUGGCAUCUGAUGUGCCUGAGGGCAGGGCUGGGGCACCUAUAGGGAGGGUAGGAUGCUUGGCACAGGCACACAACAAUCUGCUUGUCACCCCAUACAAAAAAAGGCUACAAGUUCUAAAGCUGACCAACCCUGCCGACAACUUCUGUCUGGAAGACUCAUUCGGUGCUGUGUAUUAUUCACCAAGGAGACUCCAGGGUCUCUCCAGGAAGAGUCAGCCUUGGUCCCUUUCCCACCAAAUUAAGAAGUAGCCCAGAGGGGGCAGCUGCCUUUGGCAACCAUCUCACCAUAGCUCUGUCCUAGUAUUUGCUCUCAGUGAUGUUUACAUGUGAUUGCCAUAACCGCUUCUGUAGACUGUGUCGACAGCCUCCUGUGUAGGGCAGGCUGUACUGUCCAACUCUGUGCCCUGCUGGUGUUUUCCAGAAAUGUCUGAUCCAGCCGUUAAGUGGAAUUCUUCCAUCUCCUUCCUCAGUCGGUACAGGCUGAAUCAGAAUCCUCGUUCUUGGGGGCUCUGGUUACCGAAGGAAAAUGCAUCAAAUAGGUAAAGAAUCUGAGUGCUUGGAGUGCAGCCCAGAUCCCACUCCCUCACCCCCAUGCCCUCCCCACCCCCACCAGAAACUGCUUUGCGUCAGAAAGCAUCUGUAGGGGUUGCCCAGCAUCUGUGUGGAGCACUUAGGAAAGCGGCAGGGCUCCAGGGGCAAGCGAGGAGAUGGGGAGGCCAGGAGGCUGUGAGCUGCAGACUCGGUAUUCAAGUCCUGACAUGGGAAAAGACAGUCUGUUGUCUUUGACGAGGUGAAACGUUGCUCACCAACUUUUUGGAGGUGAUUUGUUCUGGACGCAUGUGAUGUACUUGCCGGGGCUGCUGGAGAGGUGGUAAGCAGUGGGACAAGCAAGGCCCUGGCAGCCCUGUUGCUCUGCGUGCGUAAGCCCUGUCCGUGGGCCAGGCCUUGAGUGCAAUUGAAUGCAGCUGAGCCUGCAGCCUGAGAUGGGGUCAUCUCUGCUAUGACGCAGCAUCAACCCUGAAGAUGUUGAUGUGACUCACUGAUGUUAACAGUAAAGUCUUUUUUUUUUUUUUUUUUUUUUAAAGCAUUUGAGAUUUACCACUGUGGUGUUUGGAGGAACACCAUAUCCAGUGUCAGACAUGACCAAGGUUAAAAAAUGGAUGUGUAUUACUAGCAAAGUGAGCCUAAUGGUAUUGGCCAAAGAGGAGUGACCCUCUCACCCCUACCAGGGGUGCGGGGAAAGAAACUGACUGGAACAUAUGUGCAAUAUGCUAAAGUUGGUCCCAAAGUCCCUGCAGUGUUUGCACAGUUUGCAGAAUCAGGCAGUACAGGGUAAAUGGAGGAGCACCUGAGAAGUGGAAGCCCCAGCACAACUAUGCCACUGCCCAGAACAGGUGUGGGAUGAGGUGCACCCCUGGUGCCAGUUGCAGGGCCCCCAGGAUGUAGGCAGAGGUGGAUUUUGCAUCAAGCAGCAGAAGCACCAAGUGAAUGCUGAGGCUUCAUCCUGGCCCUGUUUCUCCACUGGCAAAUCUGGGUCUCCUUUGGCUGUGUGAGGUGCUGUCCCGGAGACCAGAGCAGGGUGGCAGAAAGGAGGCUGGUAUGAGGAAGGAGAGGGUAGGGGUGCCUCUUGGGCAACAGAAGCCAUAGGGCAGCCAGCUCCAGAGCCAGCUGUUCACUGGCCUCUUUGCCAGUGAAGCCCUGGAAAUAGGGAAUGAUAGAUCUUGGUGCCUACUUUUGUUAAAAGAUUAAGAACAGCCCAACCAACUAAAAUGGGUGUGUGAAACAAACCAUUUAACUUUAAGCCAUCUCUUAGUGAGAAGCCUCAAGGGUUCUUACUUGCUGCGUGACCUUAGGCCUCCUUUUUCUAGUCUAACAAAUGAGAUUCUCGAAUGAUACGGGCACUCCCAGCCCAGAGCAAGGUGAGUCCAUCUCUCCCCUGUGAAGUCAGUUCGUCUUGGCUGCAUGCAGCUCUGUGCAGGGAGUGGGUCUUCACAAGGGAACUGGCCAGCAACUGGCCCAGUCCCACCUAGUCCUGGCUGAGUGGCCUUGGAUGAGGAGGCCGGCUCCCCGGGACGAUCUAAGCCAUAGUUCUUUGUGGGGAUGGUGACUAACAACCCCAGUUGGGCUUGGAGGCCACAUCAGUCUCACAUUAGCCUUGUCAUCGUCCCCACCGAACAGCUUUUAAUGCGAAUGUUGUGACCGCCUGGCUGUUUCAACACUCUUGCUCACAGACAAUACUAGCAAUAUACUUGUUUUGCAAAACAACUUCACUUAGGCACUUUUCGCACAUUUCUUUCCAAUGAUUGUAAAACAUAUGGGGCAACAGGAGGCAUCAAUCACGCUGCAUAUGCUUAGGGCAGCUUUUGUCUUUCAUUUCUUUGAUGGUAUAUAGCAGUAGUAAUUGAGUCUUUGGGUUUGCCAGGGACAGAUUUUCAGAAAUCCUGUUGCAUCAGAACACCUUGCACAGGCAGAAGGAGUACCAAAAUACAGCUGCCAAAACAGGGUGACUUGGAAACUAGUGUUUCCAUCGGUGGUCAGUCCUUGGGCUGUGCAGCAGUUCCUGAGACGGUAUUCCUAUGGCUAGCACCUGCUCUGUGCUGUAUUACUAUUAUUAUUAUUAUUUUUAUUAUUUAUUAUUAUUUGUCAAAAGAUUGUCCAAGGAAGCCUUAAAGAGCCUCCGUUUUCCCUUUGCUGGCCUUGCUCACAGGGCACUUGGGAUGGGCAGUGGUCAGUUGCCGCCUCAGCACUUUGCCUUAUCAACAUGCGGUUGCCACCUAGUGGCCGAAGACUGUAUCCAUCACCUACCCGGAUGGACAGUCUAACACUAACCUUGGGAAUGGAUUAUAAUGGCAGCAGCAAAUUGCCUGGGUGUUCAGAGCUGAGUAAGACGCGAGGGUCAAAGGAUUCCGGAAGCAGCCACUUAAGCUUGCGCACCGUCUGUGAAAUGCACUAGGUGUCCAGUGGGUGGACAAGAGUGGACCACGCGUGUGGUACAAGGAGGUUUGCUGUAACUGCAAUACUGGCAGCCUGGCUGCUGACCUUGUUAAGUGAACCUCUGCAAGGUGGCCGCCUUACACCCUCAGGAUGCGGGAGGAGGCCAGGAUGAGCACGGGGCUGGGGGAUCGCUGGCCUUGACCUUUGAUGCGGUCCACCGAAUAGCCAAACGAGGUUGGUGGGUUUUUUUCCCCUUUGUUUGUUUUUGUAUUUUGUAUUUUAAAAUUUUGUCAAAUAUUUUCAUGUUAGGAAUAAAAAGUCAUAAACUAUUCCCAACUUUGUUUCUUGAGGGAUGUUUUGAUUCCACUCGAAACAGGUUGGAAAUCUCAAGGGGGGCAUGGUCUGGGUGGUAUGUGGAACAGGGUGGUGAGCCACUUGGAUUUCUAGGUGGUUCCUGGGGAAGAUGACCAUCUAGAAGUCCAGCUCAGUGCAAUCUGCCCCGGGUGUUCAUACCCACCCUCUCAUCUCCCCAUGCCCUUUAGCGUCGGCUUGGAGCAUCUGCUGGUCCCAGAGGCAGCUGCUGAUGUUGACGUCAACAUGAACUCCCUCUCCCUGACCCUAGGUCUUUAGAGAUGAUGUCUGUAGCUAGCCUUAAUGAUGGGGCAAGGUGGUCCCAUGUCCCUUCCAGCAUUUCCAAAUCUUGGACUCAAAAUCCUUUUCUCUUGGUGAGACCAUGCAACCUAGAGAAUGCUGAGCAAUAGGGAGCCAGGGCUUUCCCUGGCUCUGGGACAGGGUCAAAAGCAGGGAAUGGCUAAACAUGGUGGUUUUGUCAUCCCCAGUGGUACUACUGUAGGGGGCAUUAUUUAUUAGGAAGCUCAACAAGGCAACUACAGCCUGGGGUGCGUGAGUGUGAGGCUGUGUUUGUGGUGUGUCUGCGCGCGUGUGUGUAGGUGCGCCUGUGUAUGCCUGUGUGCACGUUUGUCUGUGCCUGUGCUGUGUGUGUGUGUAACUACAUUGAUGCAUUUCUUGAGAAAGGUGCAAGAAUUUCACCGACACAGAGGGACACAUCUGCUUUGUUAUUUAUAAUAGAAAGCUAAAUUUUAAUUUUUUAAAGGACACUGCUGAUGAUUGAGAAUCGAGUUUUUAGUUUUGCUAUUUUUUUUAAUUGGUAGAGGAUUUUUAUAUAUUUUUUCCAUUUUGUUGGGUUGUGUCCUUAUUUAUAUAAAUACUUUAUCUGUAAGAGGCAAAGAAGAAAUCUUUGCUUUUAAUUAUUGUGGUUGUCAUUGUCCCUAUUUUAUUUCUGGUGUGAUUUCUCUGUCUUACCUUCUAAAUGAGAAGAUGUUUUCCUGUAUUUGUACAUUGUCAAAAUCUAUAGUUUCAUAGAUAAUUUAACCAAAUUGCUGUAUGUAUUAUUAUUAUUCUGUGAGUAUAAAGUUCUAUUUUAACGUCUGUAAAUACUUCAGAACUGGCUUCUUUUCUCCAGCUCCCGCUGUGGAGUUAUUGUUUACAUCACAGAAACUGUAGAAUCUCUAUGCUCAUGUACUGUAAAUAGUGAAGUGAUCUGCUUAUAAAUAAACUUAACAAAUACACUAUGAGAUUAAACA